CGAAGCCACCUCCCCGUACUGCCAUUCGUUAACUAGUUUUCAUUGCAUAGAACGUAUGAAUUUCGAAAUGUUUUAUUUUCUAUAUAUUUUAAUACCUUUGUUUUCUUUUACAACACAAACGUUAGUGAAGUGGUUACCGGAUUCGAGCUUCAAUUUACCUAUUAAUUUUAAAAAUGGGGAACUUCCAUGUUCAAAACAGACAGUUAUAUUCCCCGCGAGACUCGUGGGAUCAGUGAAAAUUAAUUCUGAAACGAAUGUAAAUUCAUUUGUGUUGCCUAUCGACGGUGAAAUGGUACUGGAGGGAACUAUAAAUUUAGGUGAAGAUCCAUAUGAAACGAACUGCACAGAAGGCAAUGUGUAUUAUUUAGAAAACUCUAAAGCUUCAUGGGCGCAAGCUAAUGUAUGGAGUUCGUCAAAGUUUAAUAAGGCCACGCCUGACGCCGAGAGAGUUCCAUGUUUUGAUGACAUCGUCGAAUUUCCGGCAAAUAUUCAAACGACAGUCACACUCCCUGAAUUACUACAACACGUGAGAUAUAUACAAGUUGGAGAUCGGCAAUUCACAAGCACCACAAAAUUUCAUGACCAUGUUAUCACCGGAUCUGAUGAACCGAUACAGUUCAUUUUAAAUACAUUAUACGGUGUAGGAUUGGUCAUCGGGGAUACGCAGUGUCAGUCAAGAUCUGGCUGCCCGUGUCAAGAUAACUUUUUACAAAUUGACUGCUCGUCGAAAUACUGCCCGGUACCUACUUGCGUCCAUCCAAUCAAACCUAUCGGACAUUGCUGUAAAAUUUGUGGUGGUUAUAUUUCAUUUGAUAUCACCAAGAGUUUUGAUAUGAUGGAGUUUAAAGAACUAGUAGAAAAGAUAGUGGAAAGUUAUGGAAGAGAUAAUUUGGAGUAUCACAUUGGGAGAUUACCAAACGACAAAGUGCAACUUGUGAUAGUUGAUAAGGACGAAUAUGAUGGUACAAGUGCAGAGGUACUCCACACGAUUGAUUACAAUAUUAAGGAACAUUGGGUUGAAGGUACUAAGUAUGCACUAAUAAGUGGGAGCCCUCUUUCAAAGGCUGGAUUGGGUGGGAAAAUUUUCAUAUCAGUGUUCUUUUUAGUUGUCUGUACGAUGGGUAUGAUAUAUGUUUAUUAUUAUAAAGUACCAGAAAUCAGAUACCCUAUGUUGGGACGGAGCUUGCCGACAUUCUUGGCGAGAAUUCAAAGGCGAAGUGAUAGUGUAGUAUCGCUGACCAGACGGGAUUCUGUGAUGACGAGUACUAGGAGAACAGCGUUCAGAAAUCCUUUAUACGAUUCUAAAAGGGGGCGUGUACAAGUUGAUGAGGAGGUUACGUCGCAAUAAUUGGAACAAAUUGAUUUCUUUCGUAUUAUUUUAUAAUGUCAUGUGCUAAUGAUUUAUUUUUACUGAUAUCCGUGCAAAUUUACCUUUACUUUCCUUUACG